CACUAAAUUCGUCACAUUGAUCAUCUUCACAUACCUCUGAUUCUCACUUCCCCCUAAACCACAAUGUCAUCACCUCACCAUCUGAUGAUUUAAGUGAAGCUUAAACCCAUCGGAUUUCUGUUUUUACUGUAUUUACUUAUGUCCGUUUUUCCCCUUACACCAGACUUUAACAUUAUUGCUGAUCUGAGAUACUCUGAUUGCUCUCUGUUGCCAUGAUACUGUGCUGCCAGUUCUUUGAUAAGAACAAUCAAUCAUUUUACAUGACAGUAACAUGAUUGUCGCAGCUGGAAUGAAGAUAUGCACAAAUCUAACCCCAUUUUUUAGAACAACACAUGCUUGUUUUAAUUGGGUUAAACUAACAGAUAGAAUCCAUUAAAUAGCAAUUAUGAAAAAGACAAAAAAAGUCCCUUGUAAACAUCAGUCAACUCUAGGGUCGCUAAAUGGUACUUGUGGCAGACAGGAUGCCACCAUGACAGGCCAAAUGAUGGAUGGUGGCCCCAUGGCAAGGCUGCAGGCAACUGACUUCCUUUCUUGUUGUGUUGUGAUGUUGGGGACACACACGGCAUCUGUCACCACAGUGGAGUUAAAUGAGGAGAGGCUGGCCCACCGGGGCUUAGGCCCCACUCCACGCUGGGUCAGGACGGAUGGGAUUUGUUGGUUUUUGGGGGGAUUCCGGUCAUUGAGACAUCCAGGCAGUCACUGAGAAUGUUCUGCUGGAUUCAGAGGAAGCAGCACAGAAACACAUGGCCCAGAUCUUUCUUUUCUGUCUGUGAGAAAAGAAAAAAGCUGGAAUGACCUUAAGCUGUGAGGCUGGUCUGUUUAAGACCAGCUGGCAUUUUACGAGGAGACAGCAACAGUUUCAAACUCAAAGAUAAGAAGGGGCACAAAUGGAUUAUCAAAAGGCAAAAAAUGGAUUUACAUUUGUGCAUUUGCUGUCUUUUUUUAAGGCAGAUGAAUAGUUAUUCAUAAAGUUUCCUGUCUUGCUCACAGUCUUGCACCUUAUAGAGAAAAAAAAACUGGCACUUCUGCACAAACCCACUGUGAUGUAAACAGAUGAUUUUCGUGGCAAACCUGCUACUCAUACUUUGAAGUGAAUGUUGAACUGUAUUUCUGAAGACUGACCUAGAUUUCCUUGCUGAGUUUGUUGUGAGGAAGUACUGCUUUAUUUUUCUGCCUCUGCUGUUAAAUGUAGCUACCUGACGACAAACUGAGGCAAAUAUUAAUACCAAGCUCCAUGCAAUAUUGAUGAGGAAAGCACAGUGGAAGGGCACUGGAAGGGCUUACAACUGCACUUGUCAGAUAGAAAAAAAAGAUUUGCACUGACUUUAAAAAGAUUUGAGUUCAGACUACUCUCUGUGGAGUUGAAAUAACACUGCUCACCCAGUGUGUUGGAUAAUUUCAUUUAAGACUGUCUCAGUUAGGAAAUCCUCUUUUGCUGUCGAAACUAACAAAUAAUUAGGUGCAUGUAUGUAUCGGUGUGCAUGUAUCUCACAUUUGCUGGAAGACAAGAGAAUGCAAUAUGAAAUCUGCUGAAUAUCCCUACAAUAUUUCUAAAGUCAUUGUUGCAUGAUUGUAUUAUAUUUUCACUCUGAUAUAUUCAGAUAUAUGGAAUUUAAUUGCUUUUUAAUGGAUUAUAGGGAAAAUCAUUCUCAACUAAAACACAUGGAUUCUUUUGUAUCUGGUGUUAAAAAUAACCCUCUCCCAUGCCUCCAUCCUCUCUUGGAGCUUUCAUAAAAACACACUGCUUCUUUGUAUUAAUGCAUGUUGACAUACACAGAGAAACAGCAGCUUGUAACCAACAGACCCAAAUUUCCUGAUGAAACAUCUUCACAGCCCCAAACCCAGUCGCCCUUGAUGAUAUGGUUUAAGGCAUUUUCCUGUCAUGUCAUUGUCAUUCCAUUUCACAGGUCCCCCCGUAAACGUUACAUGCAAUAUUUUUAUCAACAGUUUCGGCUCUGUCACAGAGACAACUAUGGUCCACCAGUUAAUGUUACCUGCAACAUAUUUAUCAACAGCUUUGGUUCUAUAGCAGAAACUACAAUGGAUUACAGAGUGAACAUCUUCCUGCGGCAGAAGUGGAAUGACCCUCGACUGGCAUAUAGUAAAUACCCAGAUUCCUCGCUCGACCUGGACCCGUCCAUGCUGGACUCUAUAUGGAAACCUGACCUUUUCUUCGCCAAUGAGAAGGGAGCCAACUUCCAUGAUGUCACCACAGACAAUAAACUGCUGAGGAUCUUCAAGGAUGGCACCGUUCUCUACAGCAUCAGGCUGACUCUCAUUCUGUCCUGCCCCAUGGACCUGAAGAACUUUCCAAUGGAUGUUCAAACUUGCACAAUGCAACUUGAAAGCUUUGGCUACACCAUGAAUGACCUGAUCUUCGAGUGGUUAGAGAACGGUGCAGUGCAGGUCUCAGAUGGACUGACCCUGCCUCAGUUCAUUAUGAAGGAGGAGAAGGAGCUGGGUUACUGCACCAAACACUACAACACUGGUAAAUUCACCUGUAUUGAGGUUAAAUUCCAUCUGGAGCGACAGAUGGGCUACUAUCUGAUCCAGAUGUAUAUUCCAUCCCUCCUGAUAGUCAUCCUCUCAUGGGUGUCUUUUUGGAUUAAUAUGGAUGCUGCUCCUGCCAGAGUAGCGCUGGGCAUCACCACUGUGCUUACAAUGACCACCCAAAGCUCUGGCUCCAGAGCUUCUCUUCCAAAGGUCUCUUAUGUGAAAGCCAUUGAUAUCUGGAUGGCUGUGUGUCUGCUCUUUGUAUUUGCUGCAUUGCUAGAAUAUGCUGGGGUUAAUUUUGUCUCCAGGCAACAGAAAGAGUUUCUCCGCUUAAGGCGAAGACAGAGGAGGAAUCAAAAGGAUGAUGAUAUGCGUGAAGGCCGCUUUAAUUUUGCUGGCUACAAUAUGAGUCAGUGUCUGCCAACGAAAGACGGCUCAGCUGUUAAGAAUGCUGCUACAGCUCCGAACCCUCAGCCAUCAGUACCAAAAGACAUAGACACCAUGAGGAAGAAGUUUGUAGACCGAGCCAAGAGGAUAGACACAAUCUCCAGGGCUGCCUUUCCUCUGGCGUUUCUCAUCUUUAACGUCUUCUACUGGGUUACCUACAAAAUCAUCAGGCACGAGGACAUCCACAAAAAGUAAAGACUGUGCCCUCGACAAAUAACAUUAUAUUUGUCUUUUUCUCAGAUUGAGAAAUGCUCAGAAAGCACAGUGAUAUGAGAUUAGAGCCUGUGCAUUGAGAGGCAACGCGGUGAUGAUGGUUUUGUUCAUUCAGGGAUAAUGUAUAAUGUUUGUCAUACAGUAUUGCUCAUGUUCUGAUAACGUGAACAGUUUCUGAGACUCAGAUGCUUUUUUUUGGUGUUGGUGUACUGCUGCAUAAAAUUUCCUGAAGGAUCUGGAAAAAAAACAAACAGAUUUUGACUCAAGGCUUAGAAACAUGCUGGAGAAGACGGACCAAAUUUUUUUCAUGACAAACAAACAUUCCGGAAAUUUCUAAUUGUAGCUUAGCCGGACCCUUAUUCAUAGACUUUCUGUGACUGAACAAAAGGGUAUUUCUUAUCAAGGACAUGAGAUACUGUUUUAUAAUGUAGUGUUGUCACGGCACUUCUUCACCAUUUCUAUAAAGUAAUGCAGCAAAAAUCACAAAAUAAGCACAUAUGGAUGCAUCCUCUGAACAUUAGGCAGCAGCACAUGUCUCAGGCAUGAGCAUGAACAAAGCAGAUGAAAAUUGGAAUUGGACAGUGCAUUUUUAUGAAAUACCUGAAGCCUUAGAAAUCAAAGAUUUGGUGAGAUGAAGUGCUGUGGUUCUCUAUUUUUUCAAGCAUCUCCUCUUGGUCAGUGCUCUAUCGGAUCCAUUUCAGCUUUUCUACCUGUUGCCAGAUAUCCAAAGGUUCUUCUUCUUCUUUCCUUUCUCUCUGUCUGUAUUAUAAAUCCUAUUCAUGGCCAAAUGAUGUCACCUAAAAUCAAUUUAUGUUCAUUCCAAUGCUUUGAAAGUUAUUUUUUAUUUAUUGAAAGUAAUUUAUCUGAUACACUUUCAUAUGUCUCACAGAUUAAGGUACGUGAAGUAUGAUGGUAAAUUUUUUGGAAGACUAUAGGUAAAACCUACAAACUGUGAACAUGCACUGCAUUACUCAAUGUUGUCAGAUGCUCAUGUCCAUAAAAAAUUCAUUUAUAUUCUAGGUAAAUGCACCAGGUAUCUUAGGUAUGGUUUUAGAGUUUGAAGCUAUGUUUUUGUAGAUUUAGUCUAAUGAAAUAUUUAUUGUAAUGGAGGAAAAAAAACAAAAACAAACUCUGUAUACUUUGUAAACCUCCGCUGUGGACUGUUUCCCUUCACUUGAUGUGCAUCGGUUUGCUGAAUGGUGACAUAAUGGUAGAUGGAUUCAACAGUGAAGUUCAGAUCUGCAAAACAUCCACGGUACAGAGCAGCUAAUGGUCCUUGCACUUCUGAUAUACUGUUGGGAAGACCUCCUUUAUUCAAUGCUGGUCGUAAGAAAGGUUGUUUCCUGGCCUGUACAUCAAUAAAAUGUGCACCAUAUUAACUUUAUUUCCAAUUCUGUUGUCAUGUAUAAAAGACAAAUCAGCUCA